CAUGGAUACUCCAAACCCUAAGCGACCUCGCCAUGAUGUUUCCUCUCCCAGCCAAAACCCUGAUUCUGAUCCAGAUUUCAACCAGAGCGACUUCGAUUCGACUAUCUCCUCCUUCCUUUUGCUGCCUGAUUCGCCUGAUUCGCCUGAUUCGACUUCUAUCGGUAGCUCCUUCGAUCGAGUGCUAGGUCAAGUUCUCGUCUCUGCUUCAGAAGCUUCCGGUGAUGAUUCCGUUCAGGAUCGUCUCAUCGAUCGUGCUGGCAAUCUCGCCUUUCUUCUUCUCGAAUCUACCAAACGCUUCUCCCGGAUGCGCGCUUCUCUUUACAAUUACAACUCUUGGCCCCUUCCUCAAGAUCUCACCAUUAACGUGUUUUCGAUGCUCGAUACAAAAUCUCUGAUGCAAGCUUCGGCAUGUUGCACUAUGUUCCGCAAAUGCUCUAAAGACCCUUUAUGUUACUCUCACAUUGACUUGAAAAUGGUUGGCAAACGCAUUUAUGAUGGAAUUGUGUGUAGUAUGAUCCAUAAGGCUGGAAAGGAACUCAGAUCUCUUAAACUCGGCCGUGUUAUAUCUUCGCGCAAAGGAUCUACCUUCACGAGAUCUUGUCUUGCCUCAGUAAUUCUUAAUCAUGGGUUUAACGGGGGUCUCUUGAGAAGCCUACAACUUUAUAAUCUCGUAUCCACAGGAACCAAGUCCUUAUGCGAUAUGUUAUCAGUCUGUCCAAAUCUCACUGAACUCAAGAUUGCUAAUUUUGAUAGGAGACAAAUCCUAGAGCAAAUAUUAAAGACGCUCACUAGAAACCCUCGCUUGAUAAUAGAGCGCCUGUUAAUACAGAACAAUAUCGACUUUCUUCCUGCAUCAGGCAUAUCAUGUUCAACCGUUGAGGCAUUUGUUACCUCCUGUCCCAGCUUAACUUGGUUAACGCUUGUAGGUUUUAAACUAAAGGAAGUAACAGUCCGAAAACUUGCUGAGGGUUUUCCUAAACUUACGCACAUGAAUCUGUCUAGAACGCCUGAAAUCAGCGGUCGGUUUUUGAGGGAUUUGAGAAAUCGUUGCAGAGAGCCUCCACUCAAGACUCUAAUACUGCGUGAUUGUCCUUCUUUAGAUGAGAGAGAAAUAGGGCAUUUCUUGGAUGCGCUUCUCAACGGACACUUCAAAUUCAUUCGGCACAUUGACUUAACAAGCCAUGUUGGAGGCGAGGAAGUAACCAUAUCAAAGGAUAUUAUGAAGAAGCUGAAAGAAGAAAGAUCAGCUGUCAACAUUAUAGCCAAAACUGUUUUUAUUAUUAGCGGUUUAGAUAAAUAAUAAUCGUUAACAAGGUUUAUUGCGUUAAAAUCCUUGAGAGUUUUAGUGGUAAGUAGCUUGGUUGUAAAUUCAGAUCAAAAGACUUCA